CCCCUCCUCUUCCCCCUCCGCCCUUUCAGCCGCUUCUCCCCGCCCUCUCUCUCCGGUCCCCGGUCCGGCUCCACCACCACCCAAAUCCCUUCAACUUCAAUCAUAUCCACAACGACAACGACACAAGGUCGCCUUCCAUAUGUCUACGCAUACGCUUCCUGAUGAGCUUAUGCGAGGAUCGUUGAAGCAAUGGGCAACACGGAUAUGGACAAGGAACCGGUUGCCAUCAUGUACCUUUGGUGAUCAACUCAAGGCCAUGAAGAUGCGAAAGGUUGAUCGUCGGUCUUUGUGGAAUGCGCUCGUCUUUACACAUGGUGAAUCACAAGCUGCUCUUCGUGCUCUUGGUUGCGGCGACUCGUCGGUCUUGUCCAGUUUGAGCGAGUCGCACAUGUCACCUCUGGUCGAGAGCGUUGCCAGAUCCAUGCCCGAGUCAUCCACUUCGCCGGUGGCAUCGUCGGCUGGUCCUGCAUCUGGUGUGCGACCCAAGUGGAGUAGCAAGCACUCGGCUUCGGCGUCUGCGCCUGCGCUGCUCUCACUCUCGGUCUCGGCGAUGAAGCGGGCACAGCCUGCUGCGCUGCAAGUCUACCAGUCGGCGGUCAUUGUCAAGGCGCCAACGGGAUCGGGAAGCUCACCCAAGACGGCCCAGCUACCACGGCUAGCGCCGCGAUCGCCAGUCACCGCACUCUCGCUCUCGCCCAAGCGCCCGCGGUUCGAGCUCUCGCCGUCGGUCUCGGCCGAAGUCUCACCGGCAGGCACGCCCAGAGCCAAAGCGUCACGGGGCGGGAGCUCGCCAACAAGUUCCAGCCCGCCGACAAGCAGGCGCGCGUCGUCAAGGCGCAAGUCGCGCCGCGCGGCGGCAGCGACGCCGGCGAGCAAGCCCAAGCCGGUGGCAGCAGUCAAGAGCUCGUCGCGCGCAAGCGCCCGCAAGGCGCGCCAGUCGAUCUCCAAGCUCGCGAAAAGCUCGAGUUCGAGCUCGAGCUCGAGCUUGGGCGGCGGCUCAUGCUCCGACUCGGACUUUGGUCCCGAUUUGUCCGGUGACGCGUCGUCGAGCUCGUACGAUUCGGGAACCAUGGAUAAUGGGUACAUUGGGCCCGGGCGUGGACGUGGGCGCAGGCGUGUGCAUGGGCAUGGAAGCGGGCGCGGACGCGGGCGCGGGCGCGGGCGUGAACGUGGGCGGACGAGGUCGCAGACGAGCGAGCGGUCGGUCGGCUCGUUGCGGCGCGGGCGUUCGGCCGAUGAGAGCGUCACGGCGUCGGCGGCUGGCGCAAAACGCAAGGUGCGGCAGAAAGGAGGAAAGGCGGGGCCACGGGUCAAGGGUGACGUGCCGGGCGCUGUGCCCGCAGCCGCCAAUCUACUGAAGUGGCGGACCAAGCCGUACGUCGGGCGAGGCAAGGUGCGGACAACAGCCAAGGAGCGGAAGCUUGUGGCUGCGGCCGAGGCCUUUGCGGCCAAUGCGCGCAAGUCGGCGCCGCCAGUCAAGACCUUUGAGCCGUUUGUCCACGGCUCGCUGGUCCAGGCCAACAAGCGAUACGGCAUGCUCUUUGCACAGAUUCUCGGCUCGCUCCUCGACCGCGACCUGCGCAACUCGUUCAUCGCGUCUGUGAUGGAGCAUCUGGCCGACGCCAUGGGCCUCUCGUUCCACAUUCCGGCAUCCGAGUUUUGGGGACUGGAGAAGCAGGCAGUGACGCGGAUGCUGCGCGCCAUGGGCCUCGAUGCGCAGUACGGAGUCAUGGUGACCAUGGACCGGUUACUGAAGGCCGUCCAGGCCGCGGCGCCCAAGGUGUGGGGCGUAAUGGGUAUGAAGAAGAUCCAUUUGCAGACGUACAUCGGGCUCUGCUACUCUUCGCUCCCGCCAGAGCCGUCGCGGAUGUGGCCCGAAUACUACGCAACCCGCGAGGCGUGGGUCGCGUCGGGCUUUGAAGUCGCCAACCUGCUGUGGAUUGUGAGGCAAGGCCGCAAGAAGCUCCACCGUGCGCCGUCGUACGCGCUCGUCCGCGAGUACCGGAGCUGGGACGAUCCGCUCAUCAUGAUCCUUGAUCUCGAGACUCGGUGCCUUGUCCGGCAGUACGGACCCAUCCCACUGCCGGAGCAUGCGCCCGAGAUCAUCGACGUCAACGCCUCGCUCCUCUCGCCGCUGGCGGCAACGCGGAUCUACUGCCGCACUCUCCGGGCGGCGCUCAUUCCCCGCAGCGACAUCGAGUUUGCGCACCAGUACUAUCUCGUCGCCGCGGAGCUCAUCCAGAAGCUCUCUGGCGCACCGGCCGACGGACCCGCUGCCGCCAUGGCAGCGGCGCUCAUCUCGAGCUGGGCUGCAAGCGACCAUGGCUCGGGUGCCGCUGCUGGCGCCGCGCUCAUUGUCCAGAUGCUCAACAUCUUUGGCUGCGGCUACGACUCGGGCUACUGUAGCUCUGUUUCCGCCCUACACGCUGCGCUCGUCGACAUCUCGCCGACUGUCAUGUCGGGCUUCACACUCGAUCAUCUCCAGACCUGGAUCCUGAUCUGUUUUACUGUCCAGCCGUCGCGCGAGGCAUGGGAGCGGUUCUGCGUCGUCCGCGACGCGUGGGGGCAGGGCGACCGCGACUCGAUUGACCUCAUUGUCUUCUUUGACAUCACCCGGCGCAAGAUCCGGUACGACCCGCAAAAGGGCAUCCCGGAGCCGCUGGCCUGGGACGACCCCCUCAUCCCGCUCAUCACCCGCACUCCCGACGGCCGGCUUGUCCUCGACCGGGACGCCCCGCCUGCAGCAUCAACCUCGCGCGCCCGUAAGGUCCGGCGAACGCUCGCCUCACGAGUCCGUGUCCCAGCCAGCGAGCGCGCUGAUUGGCGACGUGCCAGCUCCCCGCUGCCAAAGUCAUCGGCCACUCGCAAGCGCAAGCGGACAUAGUACCGAUGCGUUUGCCCACACGCAAGCGCAAGCGGACAUUGUGCGGGAUGCGUCUGCCCGACUGGAGAGACGUAAAGCGACAUAGAGGAA